GCAUUUAAGAGCUUGAUAGAAAUCACGUUAUUUAUAUACAACAGCCUGGGAGCAUUUGAGCUGUGCCCUGCAAGUUUUGAUCCCUCGAGCCCAACAGCUUUUCGUUUGGUACUCCCUGACCUUUUUCUGAGCCUGGAAAAUAGGAAAUAUCUUUGCUCUUCAGCAAUCAGAUGUUGUUUCCUAAACAUGAACUAUGGCCUCCAAGUGUUAUAUCUCUUCCUGAAGUCACCAUCUCCGCCUUGACUGAGACAGGCCAACCUGAAUCGUCGUUCGUCGUUCCAUUGCAACGGGCGUAUACCGGUCGUGUGUCCGUGAUAUCAUCCCACCUUGCUGACACUCCCUGC